AUGGUGGGCCACACUACUCCCAGAGGCGUGCCGCAAACACCGCCCUCGAGCACCCGCAAGAGCUUUGGGAAUAAACCCGUGCCCAAGUUCCAGCUUCCAGACCUCCAGACCCCCGCCACUACCCGUAAGAAGCCUGGAUUGCUGACCCCGGAUGCCCUUGCAGGCCCGGCACACGGAACCACGCUCUUCCCGCCGUCGCCCGACUUCACGCCGCGGCGGUCGCCGCGGUCCAAACGGAAAAAGUUGAGUUUCGAGCGCAUUCUGCCUCCCACAGAAUCAUUCAAUGCUCUUUUGCCGAACCACGGGCUCGUGGGUAGUGGCCGGAAACACGCGAGCACAGCCACGGCGCAGCCCAAGCUUUCUGGUGUGUUUGGGCUGGCGGAAAUCUUCGAAAUCAACAACAACUUGGACUUUGAACAGGACCUUCCAGACAGCCCGAGCAAACGGGGCCGGCCCCGCAAACAAGUGCCCGAGACCCCUGGAAAACAGCUUAUAACUGAAGAAAAAGUGCACAGCUGGCAUGGGAACGCGUUCCGUGCCAGUUUUUCCUCCGACGAGGACGAAUCGGACGCGGAGGCCACGUCUAUUGCCAGACUUGCCAAUCCGUUUUUGGAGUCCAAGGAUGCAGCGGCUGACGCCCCGCAACUGUCACGUGGCCACAGGCAAUUCAACCCCUUUUCUUCCGACAAGUCCGCGGUUGACUAUUCGACACACAUGGAAUUGAUCAACCACCGCACGGGCGAGCGGAAGGUCGAGGUGUUGCUGGAGGAGCAGAGGAAAUUCAAGCCGAAGAAGCUCAAUUUUUCGGGGAUCUGA